AUGAGGCCCAUGCUGGUCCAACCGGCUGAGCUGGGUUCCAGCAAUGAGCGUGGCGGGGUAGCCGCCCUGAAGACUGAGAUAGCAAAUACCAGCAACUGCAGACGGACAAGACGGUGUGUAGAGGACGGCUUGGGAGGAAGAUUCCUGCUGGUGGAGGCAGCUAAAGUCAAUAAGCACAAACCAUGGAUCGAGACGACGUACCAUGGGAUCGUAACGGAAAACGAUGAUAGGGUACUGCUGGACCCUCCUCUAAUUGCACUGGACAAGGAUGCUCCUCUACGCUACGCAGAGAGUUUUGAGGUGACUCUCACUGAAGAAGGUGAGAUUUGCGGCUUCAGGAUUCAUGGGCAGAAUGUCCCCUUCGAGGCAGUGGUCCUGGACAAGUCCACUGGCGAGGGGGUCCUCCGGGCCAAGGACAAGCUGGACUGUGAGCUGCAGAAGGAGCACACCUUCACCAUCCAAGCCUAUGACUGUGGAGAGGGUCCCGAUGGCACCAACAUGAAGAAAUCCCACAAGGCCACCGUCCACAUCCAGGUAAACGACAUCAACGAGUAUGCACCAGUGUUCAAGGAGAAGUCCUACAAAGCCACCGUUAUCGAGGGAAAGAAGUACGACAGCAUCCUGAAGGUGGAGGCAGUGGACGCCGACUGCUCUUUCCAGUUCAGUCAAAUCUGCAACUACGAGAUCGUCACCCCUGAUGUGCCAUUCACCGUCGACAAAGAUGGUUUUAUCAAGAACACAGAGAAACUGAGCUACGGCAAGGAGCGCAUGUACAAGCUGACUGUGACCGCCUACGAUUGUGGAAAGAACCGUGCCUCCGAGGAUGUUCUGGUCAAGAUCAGCGUCAAACCCACCUGCAAACCCAGCUGGCAAGGCUUCAAUAAGAGGAUUGAAUAUGAGCCUGGCACAGGCAGCCUGGCCCUUUUCCCCAGCAUGCACUUGGAGACCUGUGAUGAGCCAAUCACGUCCAUCCGAGCCAACAUUGAACUGGAAACCAACCAUAUUGGAAAGGGCUGUGACCGUGAUACCUACUCUGAGAAGUCACUGCACAAGCUGUGCGGAGCCAGCACCGGCACCGUGGAGCUUCUGCCUGCACCCAGCAGCGCCGCUAACUGGACCGUCGGCCUGCCCACAGACAACGGGCAUGACAGCGACCAGGUGUUUGAGUUUAACGGCACUCAGGCCAUCAAGGUUCCCGAAGGCAUGGUGAGCACCAGCCUGAAGGAGCCCUUCACCAUCUCUGUGUGGAUGAGACACGGCCCCGGGGCCCACGAGAAGGAGACCAUCCUCUGCAACUCUGACAAAACAGAGAUGAACAGACACCACUACUCGCUGUACGUCCACAACUGCAGGCUCAUCAUGCUCCUACGCCAGGACCCAUCAGAGGCCGAGAACUACAAACCAGCCGAGUUCCACUGGAAGCUCGACCAGGCUUGUGACAAAGAGUGGCAUCACUAUGUGCUGAAUAUCGAGUUCCCCACUGUGUCUCUGUUUGUGGAUGGGACCACCUUCGAGCCCUUCCUGGUCACAGAGGACUACCCACUGCACUCCUCCAAGAUCGAAUCCCAGCUCACCAUCGGUGCCUGCUGGCAAGACAACUCAGGACAUGACAAUGACACUGAGUCAGUCUCUGAGCCCACCUCAGGUGGAAAUGCUAAGAUGGCUCAGUUUUUCCGGGGCAACCUAGCGGGGCUAAUGAUCCGCUCUGGCAAGCUGGAGAACAAGAAGGUGAUCGACUGUUUGUACACCUGCAAGGAAGGACUGGACGUGCAGCUGCCUGAAGAGAUAGCUUCAGCUGUCAAGGUUGAGUUUAACCCCAACCAGUCCUCUCUGACCGUGGAGGGAGACGACAUCGAUGCCUUUGACAAGGUCAUGCAGCACAUCUCCUACCUGAACUCUCGCCAGUUUCCCACUCCUGGUAUCAGGCACCUUCGCAUCUCCACCACCGUCAAAUGCUUCAACGAGGAGUCCUGCGUAUCAGUGCCAGAUGCUGAAGGUUAUGUGAUGGUGCUGCAGCCCGAGGAGCCAAAGAUCAGCCUGAGCGGGAUCGAUCACUUUGCCCGCAGCGCCGCAGAAUUCGAGAGCCAGGAAGGUGUGACGCUGUUCCCCGAGCUACGCAUCGUGAGCACCAUCACCCGCGAGGUGGAGGCUGAUGCUGAAUCUGAAGCAGCAGAGGGAACUGAUGAUGACCCUACAGUCCAAGAGACCGUGGUGUCAGAGGAGAUCAUGCACAACCUGGACACCUGUGAAGUGAGCGUGGUGGGAGACGAGCUGGACGGGGAGCACGAGGGUCUGGAGGUGGACAUGUCUCAGCUGCAGCAGCACAGCCUGGAGAUGAGCUCCUCUAACCUGGGACUCGUCAUCACCGGUGUGAACACCAUGGCAAACUACGAGCAGGUCCUGCAUCUCAUCCGUUACAAGAACUGGCACACAGAGGCUCUCUUUGACAGGAAAUUCAAACUGGUCUGCUCUGAACUCAACGGCCGCUACAUCAGCAACGACUUCAAGGUCGAGGUUAAUGUAAUCCACACAGCCAAUCCUGUGGAGCAGGCCAACAACGCCAUGGUGCAGCCCAACUUCAUCAACCCUGUGCAUCACGCCUCUCUGGAUCUGUCCGGGCACAACCUGGUCAACGCUCACCAGGCCUCAGUCGUUCCCAGCGCAGCCACCAUUGUCAUCGUGGUGUGCGUUAGCUUCCUGGUGUUUAUGAUCAUCCUGGGCGUGUUCCGCGUCCGAGCCGCACACCAGGGCACCAUGAGGGACCAGGAGAGCGGCAAGGAGAACGAGAUGGACUGGGACGACUCAGCCCUCACCAUCACCGUCAACCCCAUGGAGACUUACGAGGACCAGCACAGCAGCGAGGAGGAGGAGGAAGAGGAGGAGGAGAGCGAGGACGGAGAGGAGGAAGAUGACAUCACGAGUGCUGAGUCAGAGAGCAGCGAAGACGAGGAGGGGGCAGAGCCGGAGGACCAGCAGGCGGCCAGCAGACAGCAGCAGCUGGAGUGGGAUGACUCCACCCUCACCUACUAAACACACACACACACACACACACACACACACACACACACACACACACACACACACACACACACAC